CCUCACACCUCACACCUCACACCUCACACCCUUCUCCUUCCGUUUCUGCUUCGCCUUCUCCCUCCCCGCGAUGCAAUUCCUGAGGCCGCCGACGACCACCGCCCUUCCCCAACAACCAUAGUCUUCACGCCAUAUCUGCAGAGAUCUCUCCGAACAAUCUCAAAUGGCCUCCAUUCCAUCUGCUUCCUUCUCCUCGCCGUGCAGACAUGCCUCAGAGAGAAGGCCGUCCUUCGCCGGCGUGUGCUCCUCCUCUGUUACCUCCCUCCGUGGAGUUCGAUUUGAAGUUCGUAAGAUCAGCACUCGGAUGGUAGUCCGCUGCGUGGCGGCCGCUGCAAGCUAUGUGCCACCCACCGUAUCAGAGACGAAAUUGAAUUUUCUCAAAGCAUACAAACGACCGAUUCCAAGCAUAUACAAUAAUGUGUUGCAGGAGCUUCUUGUGCAGCAACAUCUGAUGAGAUACAAAACCACUUAUCAGUAUGAUGCUGUCUUUGCGCUUGGCUUUGUAACUGUAUAUGAACAACUGAUGGAAGGAUUCCCCAGCAGUGAGGAUAGAGAUGCCAUCUUCCAAUCAUAUAUCAAAGCUUUGAAGGAGGAUCCUGAACAGUACAGAAUUGAUGCAAAGAAACUGGAAGAGUGGGCUUCAUCUCAGACUCCUAGUUCUUUGGUAGAUUUUGCCUCUAGAGAAGGAGAAGUAGAAGCCAUUUUGAAAGAUAUCUCAGAGCGAGCACAGGGCAAUGGAAAUUUUAGCUAUAGUCGUUUCUUUGCUAUUGGACUUUUCCGUUUGCUUGAGCUGGCUAAUGCAACUGAGCCUACAGUGCUUGAGAAACUCUGUGCCGCUUUGCAUAUAAAUAAGCAUAGUGUUGAUAGAGAUCUCGAUGUAUACCGCAAUCUUUUGUCGAAAUUAGUACAAGCUAAGGAGCUUUUGAAGGAAUACGUGGACAGAGAAAAGAAGAAAAGAGAAGAAAGAUCAACAUCUCAGAAGGCGAAUGAGGCCAUCACACAGUUUGUAGGAGAUAUUUCUGUCUUUUGAGCAUUGAUUUUGUGACAUCUCACCAUGAGCUCGGUCAGCCAUGGCCAGUUCCUUUUCGGCAAAAGUUUAAGCCUGGUCAGAACUUUUUUCUAAUUGUAUGUAGUGGUAGCAGCUUCAGGUUAACUUGGAUUGUGUAUGCGGCUAUCGUUUACAUAAUUGCCAUAUUUGUGAGAAUGAGCAAGCUUCAAAAUGUAUCCAUCUGCCUCAUUUGUGUGUAGGCUUUCAA